AUGAAGGCGGUAAUUGGGUGGGAGGGUAGGCUUAAUAAUUUCUUUUUGAAGAGUUUGGAUCUGUCAAAACACACCCGCCCCAAUGCCGAGGGUCAAGAUAUUGGGGUUGCUGACCAGCAGUUGCUGAAGUCUCUGGAGAAGGCGAAGGCCGACGUCGACAAUGCGCUCUGCGAUUCCUUCAACACAUCCGCUGUGAUGAGAAUCCUCUCUGAUCUUGUCACCAAGGUGAACUCAGCCGAGAAGCUUGCCGACGAAACAGUCCUCUCCCUGGCGCGAUGGGUUACUCGCAUUGUCACCAUCUUCGGCCUGGAUCCUGAAGGGGAUCUCACCAAUUCAGAACCAAUCGGCUCGGCGGUCGAUCAUGAUGCCAUUUCCAAGCUCGCUGAUGAGGCAACCCUAGCCACGCCUACCUCUAUCGACACUUCAGCGCCUUACAGUCAGGUGCUGCAGGAAUUCCGCAAAAUCGUUAAAGAUUUGGCAUCUGGCAAAGCACCGGCAAGGAUUUACUUGUUUUGUCUUCGCGAUGUGCACCUCUGGAACCUAGUGAUAUAUCUGGAGGACCGCAAUAGCCCUCUGCCUGCCUUGGUGAGGCUUCUCGAUAGGUCUCUCAUAGAGGCUCGCGCAGAGCAAGAGUCCCUUGCUAUCGCCAAAGCCAAGGCCAAGCUGGAGCAGAAAGCAAAGGAGGCUGAGAAAGAGAGGGAGCUGCGGGAACGUGCCAAAAUCGAUCCUGCGGCAAUGUUCAAGACGUCUGAGUAUAAGGAAUGA